UUAAUUUUUAAUUUUCACGCUUGGAUCUCUAGUAAUUUACCUAGCCUCAACAUUACGGUUUGCAUUGUAAGACUGAUUUUCCCAACAUAUUUCCUUAUUUGUUCACUAUGGCAAAGCCUCGUGCGCGUCCCAAGAAGUCAAAGCCAGCGCGUCAGCAACACCAGAAGCCAACGACUAUGCAGCUGCGAAUCGGUGGCGCAACAUUAUCCGUCAACAAAGAUGCCCUGAUCCGCGGAUCCCCGUACUUCGCCGCCAUGUUGGACGGUAAUUUCCAGGAGAGCGGCGCCGCCACUAUCGAGCUGCAACAGCCCGAAAACGUCCAUCUGGAAACGCUGGUCAAAUUGGUGGAACACCUGAGCAGUGGAGACGCCAAGACCAAGUUGUCAGUGGAACGCAAAGACGCCGUCAGAGUGUGGAUGGCCGCCAAAUACCUGCAGAUGGACGAAGCCGUGGAAAUGGCCGAGGAUAUCCUCCACGAGAUAAUGCAGCGACCGAAAAACCUGUACCGUUUGUGGCGUCUGGCUCGUCGGGAUGGGCUGAUGGAAUUGGAAAGAUUGACCUUUAGGGAGAUUGUUCAACACCAUCCACGCCGCACCCACUUUACCCAUUCCGAGGAGUUCCUCAAGUGCACUGCCGAAGAGGUCAAAGAUCUGUUGACCGAAGAGGAGUAUAUUCCAGAAUCAGAAGCAGCUGUGUAUCAAGCUGUAUUGCGUUGGCGCAUGCACGACUGCGCCGGGCGUAACGAGGAUCUGCAUCGGUUGUUGGAUGAAUGCGUCGUGUGGGAUCAUCUGGACAUGGAAUCCCUAAGAGCCUCUUCUAAAGGGCCUUUGAAUGCAGCGCUUACCCAGAUUCUCGCCAAUCGAUGCUACGGUCUGAUGGGCGGUGGAGCGUCGCUGAAGCGGGCCAUUCCGCAAGAGGUCAUCUUCUACCACAUGCGCGAAGGUCACCCGCAUCAGCUCCUCCGUUUCGACUUCGCCCGCAACGAACUGGUCAAACUGGAGUCCCCACUGCAGGGGACGCUGGCCGAACGGUGGUCCAACAUCCCACACGAAGGAUUUGCUGUGGCCGCCGGCCGGGAGCUGAUUGUCGCUACUGGAGAUUCGAGUGAGCGGGAAGUGAUCGCCAUGGACUGCAUCUCCGGCAGCACACGCCCUCUCAUGGUGAAUUCGCCGUUUUUUGGGAGCCUAUGCCUGGUUGCGGUGGGAGACCGGCUGUACCGUGCGUGUGAAGCCAGCAGCGGAUAUGGCGAGAAUUGGUACUGCCACGAUAUGUCCACUGGAAAACUCCGUCGGGUCGGGCAAAUUCCGUUUUACACGGAGGAAUACCAUUCAUCUCCCUUACGUUAUAAUCGUCAUUCAAUGCAGGCGUACGCGCUUCCUAACGGCCGAAUUUGGUUCCUGUCCGUUGGAUCCGUGGACGAAAAAGAUGAUGACCAUCCUAAGAGUUGCGUGGAAUCCUACGAUAUCCACAGCAACAUGUGGGAAGAGCAUGCCAGUUGGAAAGGUGCAGAGGCACUGCAUCAUGACAGCGGGAUCAUCGUCUUCCAAGGCUACUUGUACUUCACGGGCGGCUGCAUGUACGACGAUCCCUCGCUCUACACGGAAAGCUACCCCAACGCGACGACCGCCUGCUAUCGCGUCUCCUUGACCCGCGCGUUUUUUCCGGAGCGCAUCGCGGAUCUGAACAUGGCGCGCUAUCAUCACUCCGUCUUCAUCAAGAACGGGAAGAUUUGGGUGUACGGCGGAACGACCCACGUCGACGGUGACAAUCAGCGGAACCGGGCGCUGACGACCUUUGAAGCGUACGAUGCCGAGACUGACCAGUGGACCAUGGUGGAGGUGCCGAUGUCGAAGGAACUGCAGGAUGAAGUGGCGGGAGGGGAUUACGCGCAGAAGACCUUCUGUCUGCCGCUGCAAUACCGUCUUCCGCCGGUGCACGAUGGGAAUGAAUUUCGCGAUCGUGACGACAAUUAUGAGUACGUCCUGAAGGAAAAUCGUCACAUCGCAGCGGCGUAUGGAGAGGGAGAUGAUUCGGAGAACGAUAGUGAUGACGAUUCCGAGAACGAUAGUGACAGCGGAUGGCCCGCUGGUCUGGAUGGCUGAUGAUGUACGCGUGCCUGUAAAAGCUCUGUAUUUAAUUUGCGCAACGCUUCGAAUUUUUUGUCGCGUUUAACGCUGCUUUGUGCAGUAAUUUAUUUGUAUUUGCUCGUGAAAUUUUUGCAUAACUGUUGUCUGAAUGCCUGGAAUUUUAACCGAGUUGUGUUUCAAUAUUUUAGUAUCCAUUUGCUCGACUUUUUUCGGAUUGUA